AUGCCAGCAAUGAACACCUCACGCAACCGCUCUACCCUUCACGUUGCUUCGACAACACCAUACAACCGUCUCAUCAACCCUUCGCACUCCCAAAAUCCAACCUCACAAUCUCCACUUCCGACAAACUUCGCGCAAUACCUUUCAAGACCCCACGGUCCACCACGCUCCCACCCGCAAUCACCAAAGCAUGAUUCUCGCAUCUCCCGUCUUAUCGCCGCGCCCGUUUCCCGGGCGAAUGACUGA